UUUCUUUUUUGUUGUUUUUCGUGUUGUAAAAGGCUUGAAGGUCUUUGAAUGAUGAGUCAUUUAAAAGAAAUGAUGUGUCAGAUGUUCGACAUCGUGAAUUGACUGUGAAAAAUGAAAAUUCGUGUAUUAAAAAAAUGCUGGUUAAGCGAUAAUCCGACAAAGCGUAUAGAAUUAUUCUGGAAAUAAUGAACUUUCUACUGGAGUAUCUCAAAUUGGAUUUUUGUAUUCUCUUUUUACUUUUAAGCGUGACAAUAACAUCGAAUAGAGCUGAUGCACCAUCAUCUUACUGGGACGACAAUUAUGCACAACCUUACUUUGACAAUACAACAAAACGCGAUAUUACUGUGACAAUUGGACAAACAGCGAUCCUUCAUUGUCGUGUGAGAAAUCUUGGCGAUAGAGCUGUAUCGUGGAUCCGGAAACGUGACUUGCACAUUAUGACUAUUGGCAUCUUGACAUACACAAAUGACCAACGUUACCAAGCGAUUCACACCGAAGGCUCUGAUGAGUGGUCGUUACGAGUCACGUCGCCACAACCGCGAGAUUCUGGCGUCUAUGAAUGCCAAGUUUCAACGGAGCCAAAAAUAAGUCAAGCAUACCGAUUGAAUGUUGUGGUAUCUAAAGCUAAAAUCCUUGGAAAUCAAGAGCUUUUUGUGAAAAGUGGAAGCGAUAUCAAUUUAACUUGUGUAGCUUCUCAGAUAUCAAACCCACCAUCUUUCAUCUAUUGGUACAAAGGAGAACGUGUCAUAAAUUACUCACAGCGUGGAGGCAUUAAUGUUCAGACUGAUAGGAAUACAAAAACGAGCAAAUUAAUUAUAUCUCGAGCUACAGUUGGUGAUAGUGGCAACUACACUUGUGCACCGAGUAACUCAGAUGCAUCAAGUAUUCUCGUACAUGUCAUAAGUGGCGGUGAACACCAAGCAGCAAUGAAGCAUGGCAACAACAGUGCAAAUAGCCUCAACUGGCACAUUAAGUCUUCUGACAAUUUAAUUCUAUACUCGUAUCCUAUACAAGUAUUGUUAGCUUUAAGAACUUCAACGAUUCUUCUUUGUCUGUUAGCUACAAGCACAUUUAAUAUUUUUUAUAUCAGAUGAUUGCCAUGAGUGAGAGCCAGGCAUACAUAAUGAAUAUGUUUGAAUUGAACUCUUCUCCUUACUUGCUUUCCUUAUCCAUUCAUAAGAAUAGAUUAUGUCACCGAAUCGAUACUUUCAAAACACAUAAAAAGAAGAAGAAGGAAAGGAAAGUAGGCAGAAUAUCGAGUUAAAAUUGAAAUAUGGAUGAAGUUGAAUUGAGCAAUUUUUUCACACGCCAAGUAGAACGAGGAAAGUUCUUUAUUGUAUUCUGAUUGAAUGAAAAUGAUAAAAGAAAGUUUAAGGAGUCAAGAAAGAAAAAGUUUCUCUCAUUGAAUUAAAUCACGAAAUGUCCCUGAUGGAAAUUUUAUAUCAAUCACACCAAUGCAGUUUGUUUCCGAUGUCUCGUUCAAGUCUUAACUAGGUUAAAAUAAAACAAGAUUAAAAAGAGAAGUAAAAAUAGCAGAAUUAAAGAAAAAUGUUCAAUUCUAGGUCUUUGACAUAGUUAAGCUAAAAAAAUACAACAUUUAAUCACUGACAACUUUCUUUUUUAUAUUAAUUGGAUCCUUGAUUGUAUCAAACACUACUCGACG